UUUAUCUCUUAAUUGGCUUCAGUUAAAGUAAGAGGGAAUUCUGGAGGGGUUAAAGUUGGUUUUAUAUAUAUCUUCAUCCUCACCCCCCUUAUUCUUCUCUCUUCUUUCACCUCUUCUCCUCCCCUUUUCCAGUUUUUUAGGUCCACAGGAUUCUUGAUAUCUAUGAAGCUUUUCAAAGGGUUCUGCUUGAUACCAAGAUUUCCUUAGAGGAUCAUAUGGAAGAAUUUUUGCUGAGGUAAUAGUUUAGAAAAAGAAAGAAUCAUUUAUCUACCAAUAACCAAAAAAAAAAAACAAAGGAAGAAAAAAAAGCAAUGAAUAAGAGUAGUCAUCAGUUGGGAUCCAUAAGCAGUUCUGAUCUAAUUGAUGCAAAGCUUGAAGAGCACCAAUUGUGUGGAUCUAAGCAGUGUCCUGGUUGUGGACACAAGCUUGAAGGAAAGCCGGACUGGGUAGGUCUACCAGCAGGAGUGAAAUUUGACCCAACAGAUCAAGAAUUGAUAGAACACCUUGAAGCAAAAGUAGUGUCUAAAGAAUCAAAAUCUCACCCUUUGAUUGAUGAGUUCAUUCCUACUAUUGAAGGAGAAGAUGGGAUUUGCUAUACUCAUCCUGAGAAACUUCCAGGUGUUACAAGGGAUGGGCUAAGUAGGCAUUUCUUCCACAGACCAUCAAAAGCAUACACAACAGGAACAAGAAAAAGAAGGAAAAUCCAAACAGAAUGUCAAGACUUGCAAGCUGGGGGUGAAACCCGUUGGCACAAGACAGGCAAGACUAGGCCAGUAAUGGUGAAUGGGAAGCAAAGAGGGUGCAAGAAAAUUCUAGUUCUCUACACAAACUUUGGGAAGAACCGGAAACCGGAGAAGACAAACUGGGUAAUGCAUCAAUACCAUUUGGGACAACAUGAAGAAGAGAAAGAAGGUGAACUUGUGGUGUCAAAGAUAUUCUAUCAGACACAACCAAGGCAAUGUAAUUGGAGUAACACUACUAGCAGUGCUGGAGGUGGAGAUCAAGCAAACAGUGAUAAUGUUAAUAGCAGAAGGGAUAGUGGGAGUGGGAGUUGUUCUUCAUCAAAGGACAUCAAUAAUACUAAUAUCCCUUCUUCUCAUAGGGAUGAAUUGUCUGCUGCUGUUUGUGCUGCUAUGUCAACUUAUACUACUAUGGAUAAUAUUCAACAAUUCAAACCUGAACAUUUUAGCUUUCUCCCAUUUAGGAAAACCUUUGAUCAUGAGGCAGGCAUUGUAGUAGGUGAAGGUUCAAUUGCAAGGGAAGGUGGCCCGGCAGCAGCUGCAGCAGCGGACGAACGUGACAUGGGUGAGCCACAUGAUCCUCAGCUGCACCAACACCAGCACCAGCACCAACACCAACAGCAUCAUCUGGUUUCGACCACUGCGUUCCACAUUAGCAGGCCAACGCCGCCAAUAUCAGCCAUUUUAACUCCUCCUCCUCUCCAUAACACAUCCGUUAUUCUCGGUGAAGAUGCCUUCCAUGUUCCCAGAUCAAUAAUCCUUCCAAAUGACAACUUUCAGCAACAGCAACAACAGCAGCAGCAACAACAUCAUAAACUAGGAGGAAGGUCUGCAUCUGAAUUGGAACAAUUAAUUAUGGGCUGCACUUCAACUGAUAUCAAAGGACUUGUAGGUAAUUAUCUUCAAGAUUUUCCAGAAUUUGCCCGGUCGAAGUGCAGCCAUUAAUAAGGAAGAUUGACUGUUCAGUCAUGGUUCUAGUUAGCCAACUUCUCACCACGAUGCCUUUUUCUUCCCAUUCUAUAAACUCAUGGUUGACGAUUUCUUCAUCAUUUUUUUCGUUUACCACAUUUAUAGAUGGCGGUUCCUUCACAAUAAUAUCACUAAUCUUUAGGGUCUGCAUCAACCGUCUUAUCUAGGUUCUCCCAAAAAGAUAGUUUGAGAAUUUCAAUUUUAUGAGACAUAUAACUAUGAAUUGAUGGGAGAGAUCCUAGUGAAAGGGAGAGAGUGGAGGAAGUUGAAUUGACCAUUAAAGAACGUGGAACAAGGUUGAGGAUAUAGAAUAACUUAGGUUAGAACCAAAGCUUUGAUACCAUGAAGAAUAUUAUAAAACAAUAUUGAGUGUAAAAAUACAACUCUUUUCGUUUCUCUUCUUACCUUUCUAUGUGAGGCAAUGACUUCAUAAUAUAGUUAUGCUUUCUCUAUUUAGAUUGGAAUUGGACUCUACAAUCCCAAUCUUAAUAAUAUAACUAAUCAUAAGCUAUGUUACUAUUUAAUACUAAUCAUAAACUAAUUAGGCUCUACUAUACGUUCUGUCAACCAAGAACAUCUGCUUGAUCUGAUAAUAGUGUGACUAGCUCUUUGAACACUCAAGCUAUUAUACUCCCUCCGUCCCAUAAUAAGUGUCACCUUAGCCAAAAAAAAUUUGUCCCAUAGUAAGUGUCACCUUAGGAAACCAAGAUAUAAAUUGGCUAGCCUUUUUCAUUUCUACCCUUAGAUAAAAAUUGACAAGUUAAAGUAAUAUUUAAAUGAUGAUUGGACAAGCCACAUAGUAACUUAGUAUUGCUGGAUUCCAAUGUCAAAAUGUCUAUUACUUGGGCCUGCUCUAAUCAAGAAGAAAAAGUAAUAUAGGGGUAAUUUGGUAAAUUUUAGAUUGCAUUAUUAGUUUCUUAAUAUGAAUGUUUUUUACUUAAGUGACACUUAUUAUGAGACGGAGGGAGUAUAAUGCAUGUUUAUUUACAUAAAUAUAUCUUCAACAUCUGAGCCUGCUCCGAAUGUGAAUUUAAUCUCGAGCUAAAACCUUUAGAAAGACGGUUUAUGCUGAAAUGGUUUAAUUAGGACAAAAUCCUGGCAUUAAUCGCUCCCUGGCUAAGAAAACAUAUCAAUAAAGUGUAGGAAAAGGAAGAUGUCACUUUUAUGCGGUCAUGUGCAUUUUGGAGAGAAGACGCAAAAAAGAAGAUUCUUCAUGUGUGAUUUCAUUUAUGACAUGCAAAUACAAAUCCAAAAUUUGAAUUAUCUGAAUAUGUUUAU